AUGCAUCCAAACGUCAAGAGCAUGCUCAAGUAUUACCCAAAUUUUGCAGGGACGUUAUUGAUCUUCAAUCGACUCCUAGGAUUCAGCAACCAGACCCCAAUGAUUGCGGAAUCGUCCACCAAGGCGACUGCUAUUGUAAGACCCAAAUACUGGUUCCCACUGCCACAGCGAAGUGAUUACAUGAGCGAUGAAAUAUAUGAUCUUAGUGAUUGGGAGGCUGGCACUUCACUGUCUCACAUGCCCUCACAUGGCGAAACCUCUGAGGCUAAAGAAAUUAAACAAGAAGAAAGAUUCUCGCAACUUUCUUUUAAUAUUGUGUUUAUUCCAGGAGCUCUCAACUUAUAUUGGUUUCAAUCCCCUGGAGAUUUUCAAAGCGCUGACUGUGUCAUUUCCUCACUUGUCAAUCAUCUGGAUCUGACCGAAAAAGUCUAUAAACAUUACAAGAAAAUCAAACUGGAACCCGGCAGUUUUAGGGGUAACGACAGACGAAUUCUCUACUAUCAUCAGCUCCAAAACUCCGAUGGAACAGCCGAUCAUGUCAACUAUCUCAUCCAGAAGGCAUGUCAAUAUUUUUGGGAAAAGCCUGAGGCCCGACGUGAAGAAGUGAGAACUUGGCUCGAAAUGUUUGCAUAUCAUUCGAAACGUCAUAGGAGGCAUCUAUUCAUGCCAACGCAAGCUUCGCUCUUGUAUGGCCUUCAAAAUCUGCGCAAAGUUUAUGCUGAAGAUCCUUUGCUUGCGCCUCACAUUGAUGCUGUCUUGAAGCUUAUAAAACGAAGGAUCGGCAUCACUGAGAAUGGGCCUGCAGGUGAGGUUUCUUUCAAUUGGCCUUGGAUUCAAGAGCUCAUCAAUCCAUCCAUGGGGUUGACUGAUGCUAUGAAGAGCUAUCGCGAGUUUCAAGAAAUGAUCAAAGGGGAAGAAAAAAUCAUUUCUGUGCUCCAUUUCACAAGAAAGAAAAAGGAAAAUAUUUAUCGCAACUUUCUGAAGAGACUCUCAAAGGCAAGGAGGGAGAAAAAAAGGAGUGAAUUCACUCAAGCAGUACGCAACGUCAUCCAAGAGUUUGAGUUAUCUACAUCACAAAGCAGACUAGCUACACUUGCACUGUUCUAUCAUACUUUAACACAACAUAAAACUUCCAGAUUACGCCGGGAAGCAUGGACAAUUUUCCAAGACUUUGAAUACACACAUGGUCCAGGAUUUCUUUCCCAUGAAGCUCGACUAGUUGAAUACAUUGAAAGGGAGACUGGAUUUGUCAAGACACCUGAUCAUCAAGGAACAGAACCUUCAACUUCUCAGACACAUUUCACUGAUUCUGAUACCACUGAAGAACCUGCUGAGGAUAGUCUGUAGAUAAUUAGAAUGAUAGACAUUUUUUGUUAAUACAAAAUUGAUUUUUUUAAUUCAACAUGAUUGUAAUCCAAAUUAAGUAAAAAUAAGUUCCAGA